ACUCGGUCUCUUUACCAUCAACAUCGCUCGACGCCGCACGCACUUCUCGACCUCUUUCGAGCAUCAUCAACAACUAAGUACAACCUACGCAUCAAUACUUUAAUAUUCGUUUUAUUUAAAGUGUCUUAAAACGUAGCAAAUCAACAUCGAAACCUCGUGGAGACGAAUUUUAUCAGUUAUAAAAACUUGUUUUGGUUUUGAUCGCGUUGAGUUUGUGGUGAUAUCGAAUUAAAACGAAACCAUAGACAUGAAGUGCCAUCUCUCGUCUUAAAAGACAGGUUUUAAAAAUCGGUUGAGAUGCUCGGCUGACGUGACGGUUGGUUCCGUUUGUCAAUUCCAAACUCACAUCACGAUUGCCGGUUGAAUUUUGGCCGUUUGUGACCGCUGGAUUUGAUAUAAAUUUAUAUAUUUAUUCGAUUAUACUUUAAAAAUUUUGUUUCACACAAAGAUCUGGCUAUAGGUUAUUAAUAGUGAGUGAUCGUCAAUCAAGAUUCAUCAUGAAGAGAGCUCGAUUUGUAGGUGGACCAAGAUCUGCAGAUAAAUCAGCUGAUGCAUCUCUGUCUGCCAGAGAUAGAGCAAGGCAGAAACUACUUCGAGAAGAACAGGCAAAAUUGGAUAUUGAAAUGAAGAAAUGGCAGCAAUUUAAACUUAAAUUUCAAAAUUCUAAUAACACUGGCAGUGAUAACAUUAGCCCAAAACCGCAAAAGAAAGAAGUAGCAAAAGAAACAAAUAUUGCCAAAAUCUGGUCAAAUCCAAAGAAAACGUUCAGUGCUGAAAAAUAUCAAUGUAAAAGUGCAGAAAAAAAUCUACAAAGCAUGACAGAAUGUUCAUCAAGCCGUCUUAUGUCCAGCUUGAAAAAACCUUCUGGUUCCUCAACCUCCAAGAAAGUACACUUUUCAGAUGCAGCAAAGAAAAAUUCAGCAGAGAAACCCCCGAAAAACAUAAAACGAAAUCUAUUUGCUGAAGGCAACAACUCAGGAGUCAAAGAAAACAUUCCCGCUUUUGUUGAGACCUAUGAUCCUGAUGGAAGCAUAUUGAAUUAUUCCAAUGAAAGCAACACAAACGCAAAUGAUUCCAAUGCUGAAUUUAAUCAAUAUGAAAGUCUCUGCGAGUCUCCAGUGCCAGCAUCUUCCCAACCUUCACACAAUAGUGAUGUAUUUACUGAUUUUAAAAAAUUCAUUGAAGAACAAAACGAACUUUUGCGUGAAAAGAUAAAUGUUUUGAUAGAGGCAAAUAAUGAUGCGAUAUUUGCAAAAUUCGAAGAACUUCAACAAAAAAGUACUCAAAGUUCGAAAGAUAUUAUUGGAACAGAAAGGUUACCACUAAAGAGAAAAUCAGAUAAUCUUCGUGUGAAUCUAAUGAAGAAAUCGUUCAAAUCAAAAUGCCCAGAUACUCCAGGAACCAGAAUGAAGAUGAAAAAAGCAAUCGAUAUGUAUAACAGUGUACGUCAAAACUUGGACUCGCCUCUUCGGGAAUCCAGCUCAUUGCAACGAACAUCAAGUACAAAAGUAGCGCCUAAAAGUGCCCUGUCCUUGAUUUUACAGAAACAAUGUUUUGAUUUACUGGACUAAAGUUAGUCAUUUUAUUAUAUUCUACGUGUUUUUAAAUAAAUAUCUACAAGAUUAA